AUGAAGUUUAACACAUUUGUAUUGAUACUGGUAUCCAUCAGCUUCACAUCGGCGAGGGCGUGGCACAUAUUUGGAGAUGAGCCACAACCGGAUCCGUUCGCUGGAAAGAAGUGCCCGUACAAGGUUUUGGGUAUAUCUAAAGCAGCCACCUCAAAGGAAAUUAGACGAACGUUCCUACAACUGAGCAAAAAGUACCACCCAGAUGUUAGCAAGGAAGAGGAUGCCGCGGACAAAUACAAGGAAAUUAACGAGGCUUAUGAAAUUCUCAACAACACAGAAAAAAGAAGAGCAUAUGAUGAAGGAGGUUUCCCCGCACUCAUGCGCCUUGCACAGGGAGGAGGCGAUGAUGCAUAUGACAUCAAUGACAUAUUUUCAAGCUUCUUCGGAUUUGGAGGAGGUCGCAAUAGGGAAGAGGCAAUGAGAGCUGAACCCCUAGUAUAUCCAAUCGCUAUCCCACUGGACGCCCUGUACCAUGGACAAGAAGUGGGUAUCAGAGUACAAGUAACACGCCUAUGUAAGAACUAUGAUGACUGCGAAGUCAAUAGACCGGAUUGCCAGGGGCAUGAAAUCAGGGUUGUCACAAGACAACACUCACCUGGCAUGUUUCUACAGCAGCAAAUCAGGGAUCCUACAUGCGUUGGGAGAAAUAAGGGAUGGAAACCAAACUGCAAAAUCGUCAUUGAAGGACGUGGUCAGGAAAAACCGGGACUGCAGCGUGGGCAUAUCAUAUUCAUUAUUGAAGAGAAAAAGCAUCAAGUGUACCGAAGGGAGGGAAAUGACCUACACCGCAAUCUAGAUAUCACGCUCAAAGAGGCACUACUCGGGUUCAACAAAACAAUCGACCUAUUCGGCGAAAACAUAAAAGUUGCGCAGACUGGAGUCACACCGCACAAUCACAUUAUCAAAAUUGCUCAAAAGGGAAUGCCUAGCAACGAUCACGGAGGAUUCGGGGAUAUGUAUAUAUCAGUAAAUGUCAUUUUCCCGAAAAGACUCACUGACGGGCAAAUCGCUACAUGGAAGGGGCAUAUAAGAAGGGCUAUCGAAAUCAAGGACCAACUAACGUUCAAGCACAUAGCCAUUCUCAUACACAGUUGUGCAAACGCAAGGAUCGAUGGCAAACAGCUUCAAUCCUUGGUUCAUGGUUUGCAAGGCAACAUAAUGGCGUAUCUUGAGCGGUCGCUAGCCAACAUCGCAACAGGAACUACCAAGAUUGAACUAUACCACAUCUACAGCAUUUUGCAUGGAGUCAUCGCUAGUGGCUAUAGCAACCCUGAGAUGACUGUAAUGCUUAAGGAAGCUGCUAUGGUGCAAUUUAGGAACCUGUCUAGUGAUGCAGGUGAAGAAUCAAUCAAACCAUUCAUAUUUGAGGAUAUUGCAGGGAUAAUACAUGCGCUCGCGCAGAUGCAGGCCGAAGUUGACCAAAGAGACAUAACAAUGAUACAUAACGUCUUCGUCAAACUCUAUGAGAAAGAUACACGUGGUGAAUCGACCAUUUCUCACCGGGCAUUCGCCAUAAUCGUAAAUACGCUGGACCGACUAGGGUGCCAUACGCAGACACUCGGUCAAAUAAUCUCCGAAUACAUCCAAAGACAUGUUCAUGCAAUGAACAAUAUCAAGGACGUGGCUAUGAUAUACUGUACAGCAACCAGGAUCUAUCCGCGUAUACAUAACAUCGACGACGGUAAAUGCUAUAACUGGGCUACACGAACUCGAAUUGGUCAAACUAUGGCGCUUACUGGUGACACCACAGUGAAUUGCGGUUCCAAAGAAAUUCGAAUGGACAAUACAUUUGGGCAAUGUGACAUCAUACACCUUACCUCACUCGUUAUACGCCAGCUGAUCCAACCUGAUGACCCAGGAGGAAAUGUUUAUUCAGACGUCAAGAGCAUAGCGAAUAUUGCAGCACACGCCGCCCCGUUUGCUGAAAUAGCGGAUGAGGAACUGCUGGAACAAUUCGGCGUUUUCAUAGGCAACGCAAUUCAGAGAGCUAUGCAAAACACGACUAUUGAUCAUACGUCGCUGGUACAUCUCAUGAGCUGUGCUAUUAGGUUGAACCGGACAUAUGAUGCCAUGAUAAUGCUAAGUUCCGACAACAUAGACUGUGUUGGCAUGUUGGCGACGCCACAGGAAUUCGCCAAACAUAUGGCAAAUAUUCAUGCAUUGCGAUCCAAACAGAGCGACGAAAAGGUCACAAAAAUCAUGGAUUCAAUCGCGGUCACCAACAUGCUACACUUUCAAUACAGGCUUGAAAGACCACCACUCACCAUAAAGCCCAAACCUCAACGCAGACGUAACCUACGUGACCUGAUAAUAGCCGAAAGCAAAAAGGACUCACAUGUGGAAAACAUAUGUAUAUUUAACGACCUGGACAAGCACUUCAAAGGCCCUAACGGAUUCUCCUUAUGUGCGAAAACACUUGCCGCAAUUGGCGUUUUUAGUGGCCACAAAUCGGCGGUAGAAAUUGCUCAGAGGAUGGUAACCACAAUGCAACACAUAUGUGCAUUUGAUAACAUAUACACUAAUGUCGAAUCUAUUGCUGCGGCCGCAACAGGGCUAUAUAGGUGA